UCAACACCUCUCUUCCUCCAUGAUUUGAUUUUAGCAAUUUUCCAUUUUUCCAUUUUAACUUCACUUCACAUCUCUCUUCAAUUAUAUAUCAUCUUGAAAUUCAUUUCUUUCAUCUCUCUAAAACCACUUAUCACUAUUUUGUAUUUUUUUUUUCUUCAUAAAAGAUAGAAAAAAUUGAUCAUCACUUGCUAAAUUCUUUCCUAAUGUCUAGUGAUCAUCAAAAUAAGGGAAGAUCAGAAAUAGGUGAAGGAUCGUCAAGAGGUGGCGGUAGCGGUGGCGGUGCUGGGGUUCAGGUACCAGCUGAUUCCCAACCACCGCCACCAGGACCGCCACAACUAAGCCGGUAUGAGUCACAAAAACGACGCGAUUGGAACACUUUUGGUCAGUACUUGAAGAACCAAAGACCACCAGUGGCUAUGUCUCAUUGCAACUACAGCCAUGUACUAGAUUUCCUUAGAUACCUAGACCAAUUUGGAAAAACUAAGGUUCACUUACAAGGUUGUGUGUUUUUCGGUCAACCUGAUCCAGCUGGUCCUUGUACUUGUCCUCUUAGACAAGCGUGGGGCAGCCUUGAUGCACUCAUAGGCCGUCUUCGGGCAGCUUAUGAAGAAAAUGGUGGAUUGCCUGAAAUGAACCCUUUUGCUAGUGGCGCGAUACGUGUUUACCUUCGCGAAAUUCGCGAUUCACAGGCUAAAGCUAGAGGGAUUCCUUACAAGAAGAAAAAGAAGAAGAGAAAUACUACUACUCCGAUCCUCAAGGCCAACGAAGAAUCGUCGAGUUUUCGUAUGCAACAAUCAUGAUCUAUAUUUGCUUCUUCAAGAAUCUGGCUGAAAUGGACAUGACAAAUUCGAAGCUCUCAAACUUGUUGUCACCGACUUCCAACAGUGGAGUGGAUAAAUUAAGCUGUGGAACGUUCUCCAAGGAUGCCAAAAUGCCCCUGGUUUGCUUAUGGUGAAAUAUAUAUAAGAUUCAUACAAGGAUAAUUUACUAUUAUUUAUAUAUCAUUCAGGGAAGUAAAGCUAAUUAGUUAAUAUCUAUCAACAUAUGUUGUCUAAAUUAAAUGUUUUUCAUUCUUGUUCA